GGAAAAGCACGUACUCUCUAAAACAGUGUUUCGCAUAAAAGCAUCGAAAUAACUCCUAUAAGCAUUUAUUAUGUUUGCAUGCUAGUUUCUUUAAACACAUUAUUUCUUGUUACUACUGAUUUUAUAAUUGCUGAUCAUUCGAAUUAUGUAAAAUAUUACUGGGAAAAAAUAUUUAACAGGAGUAUUAAUGGCGGGAAUAGUGUUGUCAGCGACAACAAGUACUAAAGAGCGAAAAUAAUAGACCAAGGCACGACCUUUAACUCCAAGACGACCAAAUAUUCGUUAUUUAUGUUAUAAGGAAAGCAGAAAAGAUGUAAUGGGGGAGUCAAGUGAUGAGGAAAAUUCUCAGCUAAAUCAGAUUUCAAGUCAGUUCUUUGUGCCAGCUUCUUUGCCAGCCUCUCCAACAGAUGAAGCAGAAAGCACGCAGGAUUAUCUAACAGCUAUUGUCAAGAAAUCGCUACUUGAUUUAAAGCCACAGAUUGAGGAAGAAGAUUCAGAGCCAGAAGCUGUGUAUCCACCUUUAAUGGAUGUUAAAAGCAGGUUAAGAGAAAGAGCUGUAAAGCCAGGGGGAUCUGCAGUACUUGUAGUUGACAGUGAAGUGGAAGGAGGUGAAAUGUCAUCACCUUCUGAAGGCGCUAUCACAGUUGAGGAGACAGUCAGUGAAGAGAAUCCAGAUAUUGAAUCAGGAAAAGCUAGCAGUGAUACCGAUGCUGCAAACACUACUGUGAUCUUGAAAGGCACUGGAAAGGAUUGCAAGAAAGAAAACUCGCCCCCUUCAACUCAAGAAGAUAUGUUUAAAGAUGAUGACAGUGAUGAAGAAAUGCAUCAUACUGCCACGCCAUCUCGUUACUUGCCAAACUUGCAGCUCUCCGCAGAGCCAAUGUUAGUACCUGAGACCAUCGAAGAGAGCAUGGAUCAUAUUUGCCCUUCACCAGAUGCUUGUGGAGCAAUGCCUGUUAUUGUCCCUUGUUCACCCACACAGACACCACUUGGUGCUUUUAAUCCCGAGGACUUAGCAACAUUAAACGCUGAAUGUAAUCCUCAGCAGACACAUACUCAAGCUGCAAGUGGUAGUGACCCCAAGAAAGAGCAGUCAGAAUCUGACCAAAGUCGGACUACAGAACAGUUACAAGUAGUCAGCAAAUGCAGCCAAGUGGCUAUCAUUGCAGGGCCUACAAUGGUAGGGGAGGAGAAAUCAGUGGAACAUGAUAUCUGGCCACAGAGUCAGUCACUUCACCUUCACCUCACGACUUCUGAGAGUUCUCAUCUGAGUUCUCAGUCAGUUUCCAUUACUCGUGCUUCAAGAAGUCCAAGUGCCAUUCAGUCAUCAAGCAAGCCAGGUGAGUGUGAAGGGUUUGAACAGUCCCAGGAUCUUCACUUAUUCUUGACACCAUCUCAAGGUUCUCCUGAGCAGUCUGUGCAGUUUAGACUGACAGUCUCUAAAGAUCUAAGUUCAGCAUUACAGACAGAGACAGAAAUGUGUGUCGAAAAGACCUCUUCAGAGUUAAAUGAGAGACAGAUUCCUGGAGAUAACUCAUUGGAGGCGCCAGUUAUGCAGCCAAAACUGAAAAUUUGCUUGGACGCUUCCCCACAGUCAGAGUCCCAGAGCAUUUCACAGACAUUUCAGAUGGAAAUUGAGGCUAGGAAAGAAGAAGACAAUGCCAUGGAAUUAAAAGUUUUUCAAAGUCUCAGUGGCAGAACUCGAACUGCUGGAAUGAAAACAAGUGAGGACUUCAUGAUUGGGACUGACAAAGACCUUGAACAUUUAGGUGUGAACACCCUAUCCUCUGACUCGGAUGCUAUUCCAUGCAGCCAGGAUGUCAAACGUCACAGACCUGCAGGCAAAAAAAAAGAGUUAGCACUCAAGAAAAAACUGGAAGCAACUAAUGUUGCACCAAAUACAGAUGUUUAUGAUGCUGAGACAUUGUUGGAGUCUGUGAUGGAGGUAAAUGAGGAGAACACUCAGACCUACCUAGUUCCUUCUGUUGCUGCACUUGGUUUACAAGGAACAACAAUAGAAGAAAAACUGGAAGGUGCUAAUGUCACCAAGGUUAGCGACAGUGAAAAUGAACAUUCAAGCCAAGAAAUGAAUAAAAACAGGCAGACAGAGUUGUUUCUGAAAUUGGAUCAGCAACAGAGUUCCAUCCAAGAACAGCAGGUAUCACACCCCAAUUCACAGCAAGAAAAUCAGAGAAUUGUAAAAGAACCUGUCACUGUGGGUGUUGAGGAGAAAAACGAUAAAUGUCUUACCUGCAUUGAAGAAAUGGAGAGACCAUGGCAUGGCAUUCAUACUCUUGAUAUCCAGCUUGGGAGACCAAGUGGAGGGGCUGGUGGAGAUCUGGAUGGAAAACAUGGUGAAGAAUUGGGCAGAGGAACAGAUAGAGAAAAAGAGAAAGUUGAAGGGACUGCUGUAAUGAUGAGAGCAGCACAGAGAAGUAGAAGUGGGAGCAGAGGUCAGGGAAGUCUGCCUGCACAAACAUCAGCUGCACCACAGCAGUUGAAACCCUGACCCAGACAGCUUUGUUUCUCAAGAUGCUAGUCGGCUGGAAAUUAGCACAGGUGUUGCACCAAAGAGGGGGAGAAAGGCAACAGGUUAUAAAUACAAGCAACUUAUCAAAAAGAAAACUCAGUCAAACCCAAGGCUUGAAAUCAGUUCAAAGUCUUCGUCCACUGAUGAGACUAUAAAAAUUCAGGAAGCAGCAAAAUCAGC